AUGGCCUCCUCUGUAGGAUGGCAAACUUCUGCAUCAGCUAUUGAAAUUGCAAUGGACAGAAUCAAGUCAGAACAUUUAAUUGAUAAUAUUGGUAUAAAUUUUAUCUAUGUGUUCGAUGACUGUAAUGAAGCGAAAGCCGCUGGAUUGUCUUCAAAACUAUUAAUGGAUGCAAACGUUAGUGCAAUUGUUGGACCAACUUGUAAUGCAGCUGGACUUGCUGUUGUAAAUCUUGCUGGUUAUUAUAACACUCCUGUUUUAACAUGGGGACUCACAAUUUCAUCAAGCUUCAUUGAUACAUCAAAGUAUCCAACUACUGUUACAAUAGUUCCAGUUGCUAAAUCCAUUGCUGCUGCUAUCCACGAAGUAAUGAUCCAGUUUGAAUGGACUGAAUUUGUUUACGUCUUUGUGGAAGACGAGAAAUGUGGAUAUUUUCGAGACGACUUGGAACAAAUCACUUCAGAUUCUAAUUACACGUCUCUCAGCAGAACAAUACAAAUCUAUGAUCAAUCUUAUACUAAUUUAGUAAGGCAAUUGGAAAAGUUGAAAACAGUUUCAAGAAUAUUCACAGUUUGUCUCCCUGAAGCAGGAGAUAUAAAACGAAGAUUCAUGCUGGCGGCUUAUGAUUUGGAUAUGACUACGGAUGAGUAUGUCUACCUUUUUGCCGGACCAAAGUCAACAGCUUACCAACAGACAUCCUCCACCGGAGAUGUCGUUGGCAUUUGGGUCGAUUGGAGUGAAAAUCCGGAUGGUCGAGAUGAGGAAGCUAAGUUAGCAUUUAUGAGGACUAUGGUGAUUGUCGCCACGCCAGUGCAAGGGGAGCAAUAUGCAGCUUUCAAGAAAGAAGUCAUCGAAAGAAUGAAGCUCCCGCCGUACAAUUGUGUUGACGAAUGCAAAGAAAAAGAGUAUCAAGAGGCAGCCGAGUACGCAGAUCAACUUCAUGACACCAUUUACCUUUACGCACUUAUUUUGAACAAAACGAUCGAAGAGCAAGGCAUCGAGCAAAUUGCAAAUGGAAGUAAUAUUGUGACACGUGGCGCUGGAAUUGAGUUUGAAGGAAUGUCGGGAGUUGUAAGAAUGAAUGGAAUUGGUUACCGUCUUCCUAAUAUGAACUUAGCAAAUUUGGAUUCUAAUGCAACACAGCGAACUGUUGCUUAUAUGGAUAUUGAUUCAACUAGUGUUAAUUGGACAUUUGCGAUCAUUGAUCAAGCGCUUAUCUGGGAUGCAUACAAUGGAAAACUGCCACAAACUCGUCCAGAGUGUGGAUAUUCAGGGAAAAGUUGCCCGGUCAACUUUUUCGUUGACUAUCUUUACAUCGUUGUCAUAGUCGCUGUGAUUAUAGUUUUAUGCUGUGCAGCUGCUGCGAUUGCUGCAUUUCUUGUAAUCAAAGCAAGAAGAGAUGAAGAGUUAAGAUUAGAUGAUCAAUGGAUUGUACCGCAUGGAAUGCUUCAAUCAAUAAUAAAAGGUCGUAAAGAAAGUCAUCAUUCAUCAAGAUCUCUUCAAAGUAACUCAACAACUACAACUGGAACAACUGGAAUUUCAUCAAGAUCUGUAUUUUUCCCAGAAACCGAAACACAGGGUUACUUUGUAUACAUGAAUGAACCAGUGUUGGCUAGAAAAUACCAACUUCGUGUUCCAAUAUUCAAACAAGAUCGUUCUGAACUUCGGAUGUUACGAAGUAUUGAACAUGAUAAUGUCAAUAGGUUCAUUGGGUUAUCUAUUGAUGGUCCUGUAUACAUGUCAUUUUGGAGAUAUUGUAGUCGUGGAAGUAUCAAAGAUGUCAUUGCAAAAAGCUCAAUCAACAUGGAUGGUUUCUUCAUUUACUGUCUCAUAAAAGAUAUCGCAAGUGGGCUUCAAUACAUUCAUCACUCUCCAAUAAAACAACACGGAAGUCUAACUUCUGAAUGCUGUUAUAUAAAUGACAGAUGGCAAGUUAAAAUAGGAUCCUAUGGAUUAUCUUUUAUGCAAGGAGUGGAAAAACGGACUGAAGAUGGAUUACUUCACACGGCACCGGAAGUGCUUAGAGAAGGAUUAACAUCUGGAACACAGGCAGGAGAUGUUUACAGUUUUUCGAUCGUCUGCUCAGAGUUGGUUGGUCAUUCAUCAGCAUGGAACUUAGAAAACAGAAAAGAAGAAGCCGAUGAAAUAAUAUUCAUGGUGAAAAGAGGAGGGAGAACACCAUUCCGACCGAGUUUGGACGAUGUCGAUGAUGAUAUAAAUCCUGCGAUGCUUCAUUUGAUUCGUGAUUGUUGGGAUGAAGAUCCGAAGCAACGUCCAAACAUUGAUAUGGUCAACAAACUGAUGAAGAAUAUGAAUUCUGGCAGGUCUGGAAGUGCAAAUUUGAUGGAUCAUGUGUUUUCGGUGCUGGAAAAACAUGCAUCAAGUUUGGAGGAUGAGGUGCAGGAAAGGAUGAAGGAAUUGGUUGAAGAGAAAAAGAAAAGUGAUAUUUUGCUGUACAGGAUGUUGCCACAACAAGUAGCUGAGCGUUUGAAAUUGGGACAGUCUGUGGAGCCCGAAGCAUUUGAAAGCGUUACAAUAUUCUUCUCUGAUGUCGUCGGAUUCACUGUACUUGCCAAUAAAAGUACUCCGUUACAGGUUGUCAACUUGCUCAAUGAUCUUUACACCACUUUUGACGCGAUUAUUGAAAAGAAUGACUCCUACAAGGUAGAAACGAUCGGCGACGCCUAUUUAGUUGUCUCUGGGCUACCUCGCCGAAAUGGUACGGAACAUGUUGCAAAUAUUGCCAAUAUGAGUUUGGAGCUGAUGGACAGCCUUCAAGCCUUCAAAAUCCCACAUUUACCACAAGAAAAAGUUCAAAUCCGAAUUGGAAUGCAUUCUGGAUCUUGUGUAGCAGGUGUUGUUGGAUUGACAAUGCCAAGAUAUUGUCUUUUUGGUGAUACUGUGAACACUGCCAGUCGAAUGGAAAGUAAUGGAAAACCGGGUUUUAUUCAUUUAUCGUCUGAUUGUUAUGACUUAUUGACCUCAUUAUACAAGGAAUACAAUACUGAAAGUAGAGGAGAAGUUAUCAUUAAGGGAAAAGGAGUAAUGCAGACCUACUGGCUUCUUGGAAUGAAAGAAGAAAGUGCAUAA